CUGCAUUUUUUAGUGAAUAUUGACAAUCAUAUUGGAUCUUGUGGAUUUUUCCCCAUUUACCCGUACAUUACUGGGCUUUAUCCAAUCCGAUUGAUAAAAGUUGACCAUGAAACCGGAGAGCUUGUUCGGGAUGCGAACGGACUGUGCAUCCCAUGCUGCCCAGGUGAACUUGGUGAAAUGGUUGGUGUGAUCAAGAACAAAGAUGUGCUCUUGAAGUUUGAAGGCUAUGUGAACAAAGGUGAUACACAGAAGAAAAUCUAUCGUGAUGUGUUCGAGCAUGGCGAUCAGGUGAGGGAUUCAGCUACUCAUUAUCAAUGUACAGGCAAACCUGGGCUUUUCAUAUGAAA